UAGGGCCAACGGGAAACAUGGGUGGGUGUGUGUAGAGGGAAGAAGCGAAGGAAAUAAUAGUUCAUUUAAGUCAAGGGUCUGCACUUCACUGUUAUGGCAGGGCUACGCACACACACAUACACUCGUGAACUCGCUCAUUUCUGAUGUGUCCUACUACCCCAUUUCAAUGUUUUUGCACACUGGGAGUAAUAUUUUUUGCUUUCUGUCUUACUGGACUGGUAGUUCUUGUGAUCUUUGUCACUAAUAGAAUUACUUCACUGUCAUUGUUGCAAUUUGAAGGUCAUGUGUUUGAAUGCCUCUAUGUAUUAAUUUUAAUUUAAUAUUUUUGAGAGAUUUAUGACUAGUCUAGGAUUUAUGUAAAAUUUAUUCUUCAAUUCCUUCAGAAUUUACGUAAAAAGUAUAUAAAAGAAAGGGUUACUAAAAGAACAAAAAAAAAAAGCAUUCUAUUCUUUGUUAGGAUGGUUAAAAACAUCUGCAAAUUUAUUUUUUUAAAAAUGUGUAAGUUGGUUUUGUAUAAAUGCAUUCUUCAAUUGAUAUUAAAGAUUGAUGGCAUUUUCUGUCACCAAAUUCUGUAGAAAUCACGGAUUUGCACGCUUAGUUUCAAUAAAAUUUUUAGACUGAAUUUCUAUGAUAAAAUUAAAGCUAUGUUCUUUGAAUGACAAUUCUUGAAAAUAAAAAAUUUAUUUGUUUUCAUUUAUCACACUAACUAAAAUGGAGCCCCUUUUUUUUGUAUUCUAAAACAGGGACCAAUUCAGAGAUUGACAAAUGUCUUAACCUGGUAAAUUCCAUUUUUCAUUAAUAAUUUAAUACAUAGAAUAAAUGAAAUUUAAUCCCUUCUAAAAUUAAGUUACCUUAAACCCCUUCAAAAUCGUAUAAUUUUUGUUCCCUGCCCUGCACAAAAGGUCUACCUUGGUAGGGGUUAGAGUGCAUAAUCUCCUUUUUUAGUCUCUUUGAAAUUUAAUUAUUCAGUAUAAUCCUGUUUAACUUUUUAAUUAUAUUUUUUCUGUCACUUUGGAUAUUAAUAAUUCAAUUUAAACCAUUUUAAUACAAAUAAUUUAGCUUUAGUCCUCCAAAAUUUUUUAUUUUUAUUUUGAUCCCUCCAAUACAAAUUUCCUGGGUUCCCCCUGUGCCUUAAGAUUUGUAGUACAGAGGGUAUAUAUAACUUGGGGAAUCAUGUGAAAGCCUUUGAAAAGAUAGUCGUGCAUCAUGUGAAUCUGAAUCUGCUGUACCCCCCCUUCACCAUUUAAAACCACCAUUCCCUCCCUCCUUGUUUCUCACUUAUAUAAACACUGCUCGCCCCAUCACCAAACUUGGCAUCUUCCUUUCAUCUUCUGCAUGUCUAUCCCAUACGAGCAAUAAACAUGAAGAACUUCUCUUUUGGAGUUGGUGGUUUACUGCUAGUUUCCUUUUUCGUGCUGCUUUGUUUAUCCACCGAAACCCUCCUUGUGCCCCUUCAUCAUCACCAUGCAAACAACCAUGGGAAAGCUACAACAUUGGGAGAUUUAAAGCUACAACAAGUGAACCCUGAGGAAGGGAGAGGGAUGGAGUUGUACACAACAGGAUCGAGCUUGCCUGACUGUACACACGCCUGUGGGACAUGUUUUCCCUGUAAGAGGGUGAUGGUGAGCUUCAAGUGCUCCAUGGCUGAGUCUUGUCCCAUUGUUUAUAAGUGCAUGUGUAAAGGAAAAUACUACCAUGUUCCUUCCAAAUGAUAUUUAUUUGCACCUCUUAUCCCUGCAAUUUAGUUAGUAAUAUUGAGGAGACUGGAUUGAAAGAUCAGUGUUUAUGAGAAUGCUUGUAAAUAGUAGAAUUUAUUUGCAUUUUUGGUACUUGUAUUAGAUUUUAGUGUGUGUUUUUUUUUUCAGUUAGUAGAAUGUGAAAUUUCAAAAUGUUUUAGCAAUGAAUUUUAUCUGCUUUUUUUUUUCUA